AUGGCUUCCCAAUUCAAACCAAACAGCUUCCCAUGCUUCCCAUCUCUCCUCCUCAUUGUGCUCAUUGUCGUGCUCAUUGUCCCUGGCGUUCCCCUCCUCCUCAUUGUCCCUGCUUUGGGGUUAGGCACAUAUGAACCAACCAACCAACAUCUCCUCCUCAUUGUGCUCAUUGUUGUGUUCAUUGUCCCUGGCAUUUCCCUCCUCAUCAUCCCUCUUGCUGCCUCCCUUGUGCCAUCGCCUUCCCUGUACCCUCACCCUCCAUCUUGUCGCACUGCCACCCCAACCCAGCCAAUGCCUCACACCUCAGGCGUCGGGAAAGUCAAAGGGCUCUCCAAAUCUGUCAUAUCCCACGAAUUUAGAGGGUGCCACCACUGUUCAAAAAUCGUAAUGGCCGGCAAACAACGCCAGCGAAUGGCACAGGCAGAUUCAAGCCGACAGGAUGCUAUACAAGCUAAUACCGCACCAGAGAUGUUGGCAGAGGACCGAAGCGCUGUUGAGAAUAUGAUGGCAGAUUUUGGAAUGGAAGUGGAGGUGUUCGCGCAUACAGCACCUCCAGGUGAAGAAGCUUUUGACCUCAGUCAUGCAGGUGGGGAGCACGAGGCCUUUGAAGGGCUUUGGAUUGCCUAG